AUGGCUCCCUCCGCUCCUAAUGAUCGCCGAGGUUUCGAGAUCGCGCUGAUAUGCGCUCUGCAAGUGGAAGCUGAUGCCGUCCAUGCCAUAUUUGAUAAGUUCUGGGAAGAUGAAGGCAAGAUGUAUGGUCAAGCGCCGGGUGACCAUAAUUCGUAUACUCCAGGAGUGAUAGGAGAGCACAAUGUCGUCCUGGCCUACAUGCCUGAAAUGGGAAAGGUCAGUGCGUCGGGUGUGGCAGCAAGCCUCCGGUCUAGCUUCGUCGGCAUCAAGCUCGCCUUGAUAGUCGGAAUAUGUGCGGGUGUACCUCGUGGGGCAGGUGAAACGGACGACAUUUACCUCGGCGACGUCAUCAUAAGCACAGCGGUCGUCCAGUACGACUUCGGCCGCCAGUAUUCUAAAAGAUUUGAGAAAAAAGAUACACUGGAAGACAGUUUGGGUCGCCCAAGCCAGAAGAUUCGAUCGAUCGUCGCUAAGCUCAGAACCCAUCGCUAUCGCCGGAAGCUGCAGGAGAACAUCAGAGCUUGGCUUAGAGAUAUACAGCAGGAACUGCCAGAGGCGAAAUAUCCCGGUUUCGGAACAGACCGGUUGUAUGAGCCGUUAUAUCUCCAUAAGCAUCGCCAUCCGGCGAAGGGUAAUUUUUGCCACACCUGCAGUGACGGCGACGAUCGGGUUUGUGAGGCUGCCCUCAAAAUGACUUGCGUUGAGCUUGGAUGCGAAGAAGCGGGCCUCGUCGUUCGCAGCCAACCCCAGAAUGCCGAGGAGUCAUCAGGAGGAGGACCUCGGGUACAUUUAGGCAAGAUGGGAUCCGGAGAUACCGUCAUGAAAUCUGCAGAAGAUCGUGAUAGCAUUGCAAAGGCGGAUAACAUCAUCGCAUUCGAAAUGGAGGGUGCCGGGGUGUGGGAGCAUUUUCCUAGCAUAGUCAUCAAGGGUGUGUGCGACUACGCUGACAGUCAUAAGAACAAGGAGUGGCAAGGCUAUGCUGCAGCAACCGCGGCAGCGGGUAUGAAGGCUUUCUUGAAGGAAUGGGUACCGGAGGAAAGAUCAGCAGAGCAAGAAGCACAAUCUGAACCUAUAUGGCAUGUUCCAUUCAGUGUAGUACAGGAAUUCAUUGGUCGCGGCGAAGAGAUCAAGAUCCUUGAGAAGAAGCUCUUCCAGCCCAACGGUUGCCCUAAAGUGGCCGUGUUUGGGCUUGGAGGAGUGGGAAAGAGUAGAAUUGCGCUCAAGCUGGCCGACAAUAUGAAGUCUCAGUUUCCAACCUCUUCCAUAUUCUGGAUCCAGGCAACAAAUUCCCUGACCUUCGAAACGGACUACUUUGAAAUUGGGAAGAAAUUGAAAAUACCAGGUCUUACAGAUGAGAAAGCAAACAUUAAGGAACUUGUCAAGCAUCGCCUAAGUGAUGGAUAUGCUCACAAAUGGCUCAUGAUAUUGGACAACGCCGACGAUGAGGCUAUUUGGGGUGCGACUUCGAAACUGGUUGAGACGCUUCAGUAUCUACCCCUUGCCAUUGUCCAAGCUGCUGCAUUUAUUAACAUGAAUGACGAAUCAAUUCAGACUUAUCUAGAGCUUCUAGAUGACUCUGAAGAGCACACCAUCGAACUUCUCAGCGAAGAUUUUCAAGAUGAGGGACGAUACAAAGAAGCUCAAAAUCCGGUUGCGUCUACCUGGCUGAUCUCGUUCGAACAAAUCCAACUUCGCUGUCCUGAAGCUGCAGAGUACCUAUCUUUCAUGUCAUGCCUGAACGAAAAGAACAUCCCACAGUCCCUAUUACCAGAUGCUCCAUCGAAAAAGAAGAUGAUCGAUGCCAUAGGAACACUCACCGGUUAUUCCUUUCUAAGGAAGCAGAAUGACCACCAUUCUACCGACCCACUGUAUGACAUGCACCGCUUAGUGCGCCUUGCAACCCGAAACUGGCUGCGAAAAGAGAAUACACUUCUGGACUGUACUGAAAGAACUAUACAACGGGUAUCUGAGCUCUUUCCGUCAGGAGACCACGAAUACAAAGACACAUGGACCCUCUACAUGCCACAUGGGCAAAUUUUGAUUGCCUCCGAACUCGGUAAAGAUCUCGAGGAGUGGUAUUGCCUGAUUGAGAAAAUGGGGCAGUGUCUUAUGACUGAUGGAAAAUACAAUGAAGCUGUCAAAAUGUAUUCUUCGGUUGUCCGCUGGAGGGAGAAGAAAUUUGGAUGCUUGGAUAAGACUACGCUGAUGGCUUAUGAUUAUCUUGGAGACGCGUUAUGUGACCAGGGAAAUUGGCUUGAAGCAGAGAAAUAUCUUAAACAAGCCCUGAAGGGUUAUAAAGAAAUAAACCAAGAUCCAGAAGAUCUAGGACUAAUGUCAGUUAUGGAUAGUGUGGGAUCAGUAUACUGGAGACAAGGUCGCUUCCAGGAGGCUGAACAAAUGUAUAUGCAAGUAUGGAACACAAGAGAAGAGAAAUUAGGUCCAGAGCAUCGAAAAACACUGGAUAGUAUGAAUAAUCUGGCAUUAGUAUAUCAUGAUCAAGGGCGAUAUAUGGAGGCUGAAGAGCUACAAAUACAAAUAAAAGAGAUCAGAGAAAGAGUGUUAGGUAUAGAACAUCCAAGCAGACUGGCCAGUAUAGACAAUCUGGCAUUAACAUACGCAGCUCAAAAUCGAUGGGAGGAGGCUGAAGAGCUUCACAGACGAGUACUAGAGAUCAGAGAAAGAGUACUAGAUGUAGAGCAUCCAGACACACUGACCAGUAUGAGCAAUCUAGCAUCAACAUACUGGAAUCAAGGGCGAUUAGAGGAGGCUGAAGAGCUUGAGAUACAGGUACUAGAGAAGAGGAGGAGGGUAUUAGGUACAGAGCACCCAGACACACUGAUCAGUAUGAGCAAUCUAGCAUCAACAUACCAGGUUCAAGGGCGAUUCAAGGAGGCUAAAGAGCUUAUGAUACAGGUUCUGGAGAUAAGGAAGAGGAUAUUAGGUAUAGAGCAUCCAGACACACUGAUCAGUAUGAACAAUCUUGCCUGGACAAUGAAAGAUCAAGGCCGCAAGCAGGAAGCUAUUUCGUUGAUGACUGAUUGUGCUCAGCUUUCAACGACUAAGCUAAGUGCGGAUCAUCCAGACACAAAGGAUCGUACUGCGUGGUUGAAUGUCUGGAUGUCAGAAGAGCAGCCUUUCGCACCCACUAUAUAG